GGAAUUUGGGACGAGGACGAGGACGAGCCAUCUCUAUGAAUCAUCGUUGUUAAAGAGCAGAUUGAGUGGCGGUACAGAGCGCUAGCUGUUCACAUCCACGUGCAGCGCGAUUUCCGAACAUUGUUUCUUCUUUUUUUUUCUUCUGGAAGAAUCGAUUUAUUUGAUUGACAUCCAGUGCACGUCCAGUUUCUUCCUGGCAUUAAUACUAUGAACGAAUGUUUCAGUCCUUUGCAAAGCAGAAGGAGAAAGACCGGCUAGAAUCUGCUAGAGAUAAAGCAACGAUCCACGAUCACGUCACCGCUUUGCUCAAUGGCACCACUCGGACCUAAAACUUGUCUGCCUCGACGAUGGUCUCCACGGUACCCAAUGCUCUUCUUCUAGCUUCUCUUCCUGACCUAUCGACACCUCAUUUUCUCUCGCCGGUUAUCAUCACUGCCGCAACCAGCGCCCAGAAGCGACUCGUCAUUGUCCUGUAUUCUCCUCUCUUUACUUCACCUAAUGGUGAAGUUAGAGAGUCCGUCAUUUCGCACACAGAGCGGUGGGAUGACGUUCAGCGACUUUUAACCUUCACGUAUGUCCAGGCAACCAAAGCUGCACAGGAGCUGGACAAGGUGCUGUUGGAAGUCGAUGUAUUGCUCAAGACGGUAAACGAGGGCUUACCGGAGUUUUCUGUGGAGACGAAUGCGGUAUUCCGGGUACAAGGAGAUACAGUCGCACCGCUGUUGUCGUUGCCUGUACCACAGCAUUAUGUCGCUCCAGACAUGGACGCUGAGCUCCACCAUCAGCCAUUAACAUCUUCAACCCGAGAUGUAUCCUAUCCACCCUUGUACCCUGUCACCGCCCUAGGCGGCACCUUUGAUCACCUGCACGCAGGGCACAAGAUUCUAUUGAGUAUGGGAGCAUGGAUAACCAGCGAGAGACUUAUCGUGGGCAUUACGGGUGACGAAUUACUCAAGAAUAAGGCGUAUAAACACGUUUUGGAAGACAUACAGACCCGUAAGGACCGUGUCCGGAACUUCCUGACUCUUUUUAGGCCGGGUAUCGUUUAUGAGAUCGUCAUUAUCAGCGACGUGUACGGUCCAACUGGCUGGGACCCAAAUAUACAGGCGUUGGUAGUCAGCGCCGAGACAAUGAGCGGAGCGAAAGCUAUCAUUUCUCAUCGGGCAAGCCAAUCUCUGCCAGCACUGGAGAUUUUCAUUAUUGACGUUAUCUCACCGACGUCAUCCAAGCUUGACCACGAAGACCAUGAGAUCUUGAAACAGACCAAGAUGAGCAGUACAUUCAUUCGAGAGUGGAUUUCCAAGCAAGCAAGUGGUGAGGAUUAAUCUAAUCGAAAGGACAUGUCAUGUAGUGGGAAUAGAAGCAUGAAUACGGCUUAUGGUCCAGGAUGUCGAGGCCACAGAGCCUUUUGCUUCUGAAAUGUCUCUGUCUAGAAUUGGCGCUUUCCUCAGUUUGAAUGAUACUCCCACUUGGAAAGGUGCAUU